CAUGGCAACCUCGUGAUGUCUAUUACAGCAGAAAAGCUGAACUAUACACAGACGUUCAGAGUUUCGAGACUACGACGAGUCAUGUCACCAGUGUUAGGGUAUUGGGAUGCUCGCGGUGUAUGCGAACCUAUUCGCUUCAUGUUGGCAUACUUGGGAAUAGACUUCGAAGAAAAGCGGUAUACCCCUGGCGGUCCGCCCGACUGGAGUCUUGACGACUGGUUAAAAGAAAGACUGUCUUUAGGACUAGAAUUUCCUAACCUUCCCUACUACAUCGAUGGCGACAUCAAACUGACCCAGAGUUUAGCCAUUAUGAGAUAUUUAGCUCGCCAAACGAAUCUAGACGCUAAGACAGAAGAGGAGCGAAUUCGUACUGAUUUGUUGGAACAGCAGCUGAAUGACAUGAGAUGGGGCCUGAUAAGAACCUGUUAUGUUUCACCUGAAGAUUACAAAAACUUGAGAAAGAACUACGUGGAACGUCUAUCUGAACAACUGAAACUGUUGUCACAGUUCUUAGGUUCUGGACAGUGGCUAAUUGGGGACAGACUGACCUACGUGGACUUCAUUGGUUAUGAGACUUUGGAUCACCAGCGACUCUUUGAGCCAGACUGUCUAAAGGAGUACCCUAACCUCAAACAGUACUUGACUCGAUUCGAAGAAUUGCCAGCCGUCAAGAACUACAUGGAAUCGGACAAGUUCAAAUGGUACCCUUUAUAUGCUCCAUUUUCGAUGUUUGGUGGGGAACUCAGCCCAAAUAAACCCGAAAAAGCCUUGAAAGAGUUUUCUAAUUCGUACAUGGACAUGGGUUAUUCCUAUCCAUGGAAGGGUACGUAAAUGUCAGAUUACAAUCAAUCAUGGAAUAAGCUAACCUGCGAAAUCUCAUCUGAGUAUAACAGUUUAUAGUAGCUAUGAUAUUUUGUUUUUCAAAACUAUUCUGCUUGUUAGAUUUUCUAAAAUAAUGAAAAUGAUUCAAUGUUAUCAAUAACGUAAUGGUAUUUGUUGAAAUUGGAUAUGUCUGAUGUAUUGUUCAGUCUACAAGUGUUUUGGAAACAAUAAAAUACUGAAUGAUUAACCAAGAA